AUGGGAAUGAGCGUCUCUUUCUUUUUCUUCCAGACUGUUGAACAUGGAUUUCCUAACCAGCCCAGCUCCUUGGCCUUCGACCCCAAGCUACGGAUCAUGGCCAUCGGCACCAAAUCCGGAGCGGUGAAGAUAUAUGGGGCUCCUGGCGUGGAGUUUACCGGUCUCCACAAGGAAACGGCGACCGUCACCCAGAUGCAUUUCCUACCUGGACAGGGCCGGCUGCUCUCCCUUCUGGACGACAACACCCUCCACCUGUGGGAGAUCAACCAGAAAGACGGCUACUCUCACCUGGAGGAGACGCGGAGCUUCGUCCUUCCCGGACGUCCAGGGUUCGACAAUGCUAACUCUCCUCCCAGCAUUACCCGGGUGACGGUCAUCUUGCUCCAGCCGACAUGUGACGCGGCUUGUCUCGGGACCGAAGGCGGGGGCGUCUACCUGCUGGAACUUCCUGGCUUGGCGUUGCUGGAGGACCGGACCCUGUACCAAGAUGAGGUCAUGCAAAGCGUGCCCGAGGACUACCGAUGUGGGAAGGCUCUUGGCCCGGUGGAGGCUCUCCAGGAACACCCUCGGGACCCCUCCAAAAUCUUGAUCGGUUACAGCCGCGGCCUGAUGGUUCUGUGGGACAGAAACACCAGAGAUGUGGAGCACCUUUUCUUGGCCAACCAGCAACUGGAAAGCUUCGCUUGGGAGCGCAGCGGCCGAACGAUUGUCAGCUCGCACAGCGAUGGGGGCUACGCGGUGUGGUCGGUGACAAGUGGCUCCCCAAAAACCGUACAGCCGGCCACCUCCACGAUCCCUUACGGCCCGUUUCCAUGUAAAGCUAUCAACAAGAUUGUAUGGCAGACGUGUGAAUCAGGGAGUCACUACAUCAUCUUCAGCGGGGGAAUGCCGCGGGCGAGUUACGGCGACCGGCACUGCGUCACCAUCCUCCAAGGACAGGCGCUGGUCACCCUCGACUUCACUUCUCGCGUGAUCGACUUCUUCACGGUGUACGACACCCAGGCAGAGGCAGAAUUUGACAACCCCACGGCCUUGGUGGUCCUGGUGGAGGAAGAGCUGGUGGCGAUCGACCUGCAGACCCCCGGCUGGCCCACCAUCCCGGCGCCGUACCUGGCCCCCCUCCACUCGUCCGCCAUCACCUGCUCGUACCACAUCUCCAACGUCCCUCUCAAGCUGUGGGAGAGGAUCAUCGGGGCCGGAGAGCAGCAGAGCCCGCGGCUCUCCUCGGUGAACUGGCCCAUCAACGGAGGGAGAAGCCUUGCCCGGGAACCCACUCAGAGGGGCCUCCUCUUGACCGGNCACGAAGACGGCUCGGUCCGGUUCUGGGACGCCUCCGGAGUAUCCCUGAAGCCAUUGUACAAGCUCGGCACGGCCAACAUUUUCCAGACGGACUGCGAGCACAACGACAGCUUGAACCAGUCCUGUGAGGAGGAGUGGCCGCCCUUCCGAAAGGUUGGCUGCUUCGACCCUUAUAGUGACGACCCCAGGCUGGGCAUCCAGAAGAUCGCGCUCUGCAAAUAUUCCGCGAAGAUGGUGGUGGCUGGCACAGCCGGGCAGGUGCUGGUGACGGAGCUGAGCGACGAGACGUCGGAGCACGCGAUCAACGUGGCCGUGCUGGACCUCCUCCAGGACCGCGAGGGCUUCACCUGGAAGGGCCACGACCGGCUGCCUCCCAAGAACGGCUCGCUGACUUUCGCCCCCGGCUUCCAACCCAGCGCCCUGGUGCAGUGCAUGCCCCCUGCCGCCGUCACGGCCGUCACCCUCCACUCGGAGUGGAACCUGGUGGCGUUCGGGACCAGCCAUGGGUUCGGGCUCUACGAUUACUAUCGCAGGAAUCCUGUGCUGGCCAGGUGUACGUUGCACCCCAAUGAUUCACUGGCCAUGGAAGGGCCCCUCUCCCGCGUCAAAUCCCUGAAGAAGUCACUCCGCCAGUCCUUCCGAAGAAUCCGGAAGAGCCGGGUGUCCGGGAAGAAGAGGAUUAACGCCAGCAGUCCUUCCAGCAAGGUGCAGGAAGCCAACGCCCAGCUGGCUGAGCAGCCCGGCCCCCACGAAGUGGAAAUGACCCCGGUUCAGCGGCGGAUCGAACCCCGGUCGGCCGACGACUCGCUCUCUGGAGUCGUGCGGUGCCUCUACUUCGCAGACACCUUCCUUCGAGACGCUGCCCAUCACGGACCCACCUUGUGGGCUGGGACCAACUCCGGCUCGGUCUUCGCCUACGCCCUGGAAGUCCCGUCGCAGGAGAAGUUUUCGGAGCGGUCUGUGGAAGCCGUCUUGGGCAAGGAGAUCCAGCUCAUGCACAGAGCGCCGGUCGUCUCCAUCGCUGUCCUCGACGGCCGGGGGAACCCUCUGCCGGAACCCUACGAGGUCUCGAGGGACUUGGCCAAAGCCCCCGACAUGCAGGGCAGCCAUUCGGUCCUCAUUGCCUCGGAGGAACAAUUCAAGGUUUUCACGUUGCCCAAAGUCAGUGCCAAGACGAAAUUCAAGCUGACGGCGCACGAAGGCUGCCGGGUGCGGAAAGUGGGGCUGGUGAACUUUGCCAGCGCCGCCUGCGAGGACUACUCGGAGAACGGCUUGGCCUGCCUCACCAACCUGGGCGACAUCCACAUCUUUACGGUGCCGGGUCUACGGCCGCAGGUCCAUUACGACUGUAUCCGGAAAGAGGACAUCAGCGGGAUUGCCUCUUGCGUCUUCACCAAACACGGGCAAGGGUUCUACCUGAUCUCUCCGUCCGAGUUUGAGCGGUUCUCCCUCAGCACCAGAAACAUUACAGAGCCCCUCUGCGUCUUGGACACCAGCCGCAUCCAUGACGCCACCUCUUUUGGGAACAACUUCACAGUAACACCAAAACUGAACCAGGCCAACGGAACGCACGUCCUGCAAAGUUCGGAGGCCAACCAUUCCCUCACAAGUAGCGAACGCUCUCCGGAAGACCACCAGGCCUCUUUCUCGGUGACCCCUGUCGAUUCGCCAAACAACAGCAUUGACACGCCUCUAGAUACGACCGGAGACAUCACAGCCGAGGAAGUGAAGGAUUACUUGGCGCCCUCGGAAGAAACGGAGAGAAACUUGAGGAAUAUAAACGAGGACGAGACUCGAUCCCCGGGAAUCCUCAUUAAAUAAGAGAUGGCCCCAGAGGUGGACACCCGGAACUGGCCUUCUCAGACAAGACUUCGGAUCGUCACAGACCUCUUAGCCAUACCUCUCCGGCUCCUUCCAGAGAGCGCCCGUUUGGAUUUUCAUUUGCAAUAAAGGAACAUCGUGGUUGACCUCUUAAAACACUUUGAAGCGGACCAAGACAGGGGUUUUUUUUGAAGCUGGAUUCGUUCCGAACGGUCUCUUCUUCGGGCCUUUCCUCGUUUGCCUCCCGUCCUUCUCCUGUUUUGGAAAACGUUUGCCGUAUACCUGUUGGGCUAUGGUGCGUCUAUUCUUCUACUGCACAAAAAGGCACGUACUGUAACCUUGGGGUUGUUUCUUUUUUCUUUUUUUGGCGGAGGGAUGAAAAACCAACACAAAACUAUGUGCAUUUGAGUUGUGGGGAGUGAACCACAAAUGGGUUUCAGAUCUGACUGGAAAUGGUGUUGCAUCAACUGGAGAGGCGAGGAAAAGGGCUUUUAUACACAGUAUUUGGACGACUUUCUUUUUGCUGGAUCCACCGGCCAGCUUCCCAAAAUCUUUCGGGACUAUCCGAGAGGCACUCCCUCCUCUCUCUCUCUCUCUUUUUUUUUUUUGCUGGCUUUGACCUUUGUUUUGGUGGAGAUGUUUACACUUUCGAAUCCUCUUUGCCUUUCUGAUGGCUUCAAACACUAUUCCCCGCAUCCCACAUUGCCUGGUUGGCUGCCAGAGAAAUUUGUACUUGAUGCACAAUACAGACCUUUUUUAAAGCCAAAAACUGGACUUGAAGAAAUGCUUUUGGGGGUCUCUCUCUCUUUUUUUUUUUUUGUAACACUGUUAGGAACCCCCCUUUGCCCUCCUCAAAUUGCUGACUGAUCUGAAGGAUUCUUUUCUGUUAAGUCACAGAGACUGAGAGGGUUUAUUUUGACUUACUCCCCCAUCCCCUCCUGCAGCUGGGUACAUGUGACAGAAGAGUCUACCAGGGAGUGGCAAGACAUCUAUCUGUUCAUUGAUGUGAUACAAAAGCUUCUCUCUGUGUGGCUAAAAUGGUCACGAUCCGCCCGGCGGACGACGUCUGCUUCAUGUCGAACAAGAAACGUUCAAGAUCCCUUUCUCUUUUUCAGGUUUUGUAUUGACCGGUUUUGAAACGCUCCUUUUUGGGCAACUGUGAAUUUUAAGGAGGAAGCCCAGCUCCUUCAGUCCAAAUUUCUCUGUAUGCUCUGUAACAAUGCUGUGGCUCUUAAGGAAUCUCGCAGACACAGUUGCCCAUGGGUACGACUUUACCAAGCUCAAGAGGCGGGCCGCUUGUGGCCGUCCACGUUGAACUGCUGUGCCUGUGAUUUCUCCCCACUGGCUGUGCCAGUUGGAGCUGAUAGGGGCUCAGACGUCUCACCCCGUGACCUAAGGGAGUCAGCGGAGCUUGGUGUAAUAUGUUCCAAGUGGACAUCUUCCUUCUUAAAAUUCUGGUUUGCCAGUGAUGUGGGGUGCAAGUUCCCUAGAAGAGGGGUGUUCACGUCUUGAGUGACGAUCAGCUGACCAUCCUUUCAGAGGACCAACAAGGGGACGGAAUCAGCUCAGUUUCUCAGCUUUUGUUCCUGGUCCUCUGCCUGACGGGCCUUGGAAGCAAAGUACUCAUGUGGGAGAACCUUCACCAGACCCGUACGCGAGGAGGGGUGGGCCGGUGGCAGCCUCCGUAACUCUGGUCAGACCUUCCACGAUAGCUGAUGGUCAGGAGGGCUGGAAGAUGCCGCUUCACAACCUUGGAAGGGUUGCACCUCUUCGGCCGCCCCUCCGCUUGACAUUUACACCGACAUGGCCUUGGGCGCCCACCCUUCCACUCCGACUGGACUGGCGGUUGAGAUGAGUGCUUACAAGGGACUAGUGUCUUGAGUUUGGGGAAUUGGAACCCAAGCAGGUGGCUAACGACGCCUGGGAUUUUUCGAGGCCUGUGAUGUUUCGUUUACGCCUCUGUUGAAUCCUCUGGCCAGCCCCUUCGGUUCUCCUUGAAGCGUCUCGGCGCAUCCGUCCUUUUCUAGUCCGACUGCAAAGGUGCCAUCCGGGGGGGGGGCAGCCUGGGUUUCCCACCUCUUUCGGUGCUGUGAUCCUUCAUCUUGCUGCGCCUUAUCAAACCGUCAGGGUUUCUUUGACGCCUUUUAUUUAAUAACCCAGAUCUUGAAGUGGCUUUCCGAGAAACAGCUGCCUCCAAACCCCGUCGGUUGGUGAUCUGAGCCUGUUGCUCUUAGCAGGGCGGAUGCUGGCCGGACCCUCUUAAACCCUUCCUUCCUU